AUGACUAACAGCCACUACCUCACGGCGACGUUCUUACUGGUCGUGGCGGCAGCCCCGUGCAUGAACGUGAGCCAUGCAGGCUUGUACGACAGGAACCACGUGGCGAUCAGAAACGCGUUGGAACACAACAAGACCCUCAAGGUUCACUGCAAGUCCAAAGACAACGAUCUCGGGUUCCACCUGCUCGGUCCGGACACGGUCUAUCGGUUCAAAUUCCACGAUAACUUCGGCCUAUCGACGCUCUACUGGUGCAACCUGUGGCAAGGGCCUCACUACAAGCAUUACCAAGUGUUCGUGGCUUACCGUUCCAUAUGGUUCUGGCGAGCCGACAAGACGGUCAUGUGGGAAGCGAGAGAAGACGGCAUCUACGAGUAUGUAGACGAUACCCAUGCGGUGUUCAAGUACAAAUGGGACGCUCCUCAUAAAGAGAAUUAG